AAUUAUUUGUUAUGAUUUCUAAUGUUCAACCGCAUGGAACACUCCAGCAAGUGUUCUUAUCGCUUUGGAACGCCAUACAAGAAGGCGAAAGUAUUGUAAGCUGCAAAAUAUGUGGAGAAACAUUCAAAGCACCCAUGAUGCUUCAAAAGUGUUCUCAUGUGUUUUGCUCACUUUGCAUUCGACGUUGGUUUGAUUCAAACAGUAUUUGUCCUGAGUGCCGUAUCCCAAGUUCCGCUGGAGAACUCUGUAAAGUUCGCCUUGUAGAGGAUUUCGUAGAGUUAUGGGAUACAUUGUCUAGAAAAGCACAAACUGUGAAUGACCUAGUUAUGAGUAACCCGCUCCGUUCAGACCUCUAUAGUAAUACAUACCAACCUUCUGAGGUUGUGCAAAGUUUUUAUGUAAACUCUUCAAAUAGUAAUACCGACGAAGAAGGACGUGAUGUCCCGGGAAAGAAAAGUAGAGACAACAAAAUAGAUACUCCGAAAAGAAAACAGCGCAAGAAGAAGCGAAACAACGUGCAAGAAAAAGAUCCUUCUCAUAAAAUUGCAGAGUGCCCUAUUUGUGGUAUUCAUAUUAGUAUUCGACUUAUUCAACAUCACGUUGAUAUUUGUUUAACCAAACAGUCCUGUUCUGAAGAGAAUAUUAGUGACAGAGUAUUUUUUUCUGGGAGGUUGAACGGAACAUCUUCGAAUGCACAUACUGAAGCGCCACUGGAAUCUACCUUUGAAAAGCGCCCUACAACUUUAUGGUACAAAAACCUUAGUGAUAGGAAACUGAAGGAUAUUUUACAGUAUUAUGGUUUAAGUACAAGAGGAGAUAGAAAUAUGCUUAUUAGGAGGCAUAAGGAAUUCGUAUUUCGCUAUAACGCUGAACUUGAUUCAAAGUUUCCGAGGCCUGUUUCAUCUGUUAUCAAGGAUAUAGAGGAAUGGGAGAAACAGCAAGAGUGGAAUAGUAUUUCUGAGGAAGCGCUGAAUCCGCAUCUUGAAACUACACUCUCUUAUAAUGAAGAAAUUUGUCACAUCGCCAAGAGUGAUUUUGAGUCUUUAGUCCAACAAGCAAAGAAAACAAUGUUCAAGACGAAUAGUAAUCAUCGGCUUUCAAAUUUAUGUCUGGAGAGCAUUAAUAAUGAAGACAUAUUAGUAUUCACGCAACAGGAGGAGGGUGACAACUAGUAACCAUUUACAGUUUCUAAGAUUGAUAAAAUUAGUAAACUAUUCAUUUUCAGC